AUGUUUCUUAAGCUGUCCAAAACCAUGAUGAGGCCAGGAUUAUUGUUGAUACGACGAAGCUUGUCAACUGCAGAGUCUUAUAUUCGACCAAAACCGAAAUUUUGGUCGCUAUUGAAAACACCCACUACAAAGUCAUUAAUUCUUUCUUUAAUUUGUACUUCGGUAAUGAUAGAGCUACUUAAAUCGCGUCGAGAAGUGCAACAGUUACAAGCAAGUUAUCAGUUGAGAUUUCAAGUUCUUGGUGAAAUCUUAACGAAAUUAAAGAAUGGUGAAAACUUUGAUUUAAAAAGGGAACUACAUUUGGCAAAUAUCUUCACUGAACAGAAAUAUAAUUCAAAAACCGAUAUUGAAUUGGAUCAACAAAUUGAACAGCUUUUGAAGAUGUCAGAUGAGGAUUUGGAACGUCUUGGGGACUACGAGAACCCAAAAAUAAUUACCGAUAAAGUUGAAGAGAGUACCAAUGUUGAAAGAAAGGGAAAUCUGGGUACAUUUAUAUAA